GUAGCAGAUACAGACAUGAGAACAACAGUUGCCAUGGCGUCACGAGCCAGGUGGGUCUUGCUGUCACUUUUGUGGACGUUCUGCCAAAGUGUAAGCGUCAUCCAAGAUGGACUUGCUCAGAAGACGUGUCUAGAGCAGGGACCUUCCGAUGUACCUUCGAGGAAUAUAUCGCUUCCUGGGACCCUCACCGUCAAUCCCAACGAGGCGGAAUGGAGGUUCAACUUCAUGCUUAGCGACGACAAAGAUGAGAGAGCCUGCGUAUCUCUUGAGGUCAUCAUGGAGAAAAUCCAGUUGUCGUUGUACAAGACUGAGUGCGUGGAAAACAACAUCGUGGACUUUCAAUUGUGGCCUCUCAACUAUGUGCGGAGAGGCCAGUGGACGCUCCUCAAUGUAACGGUAAAGUCUAACGUCCUCUACCUAAGCACUCCACUGAGCGAUCCGACCAAGUUGGUCAUGCCUACCGGAGACCUGCCCCAAGAAGUGUUUCAAGUGACGCAUUCGCACGGCGUCACCUUCUCUCUAGGGUGCCAAGUGAACUGCCCGGCGACAGUCGGCUCCAAGAACAAGGGAGAGGGCUUACUCUCCACUAUUAAGGAGAUGGGAAGCCCCUACGAACACUUCUUCUUGAAGCCUGGGACGGGGUUCGCUCGCCUCAGCUUCGAGAUCGCGUGCGAAACGCUCCUGGGCUACGAAGUAACCGUAGGCGAGACGGACCUCAGCAAAGACGAGCUGGCAGUGCUCGUCCCCCUGGAAAGGUGGCACAAGAUCUUCCUCGAGUACGACAAAGAGAGCCAACACUACACUGUCUUUGUUGACUACCGGCAAACCAAGGUGAUCGCAAACGGCCUAUCGCAUUGCCAAGAGUUUAGCAGGUUCUUAGUAAGGGCCGAGGGGGAAACCUUCGUGAGCUUCAUCUGCGACCCGGCCACGGGGGAGUACGAGGCCAAGCCUCCCACAUGCGAAGCUUCACACCACGAAACGCACUUAGCCGCAUCGAUCUCCGCCGCAGUUUUUAUCACGAUUGUGAUAGUUGUUAGUUUGUCAUACUUAACACUUUACCUCCUCGGAUAUAAACUCCAAAAGAGAAAAACAACACCCGGUAGAAAUAUUAGAAAAAAAUAUAGUGUAAGAAAAUGCGAAGACACUGUCGAGAUGUCGCAGCCGUGCUAAGGACAUUGUGAGAACUAAAAGAAGCAAUACGGACAAUUCCUUCUCGCAUCAUCCUUUACAAGAGGGCGCGCUUCCUCUCCUCAAGAGAAUCUCAAAAUGGAAAUCAGUGUCCCGCAGUAAGGAAUGCUCAACGAAGCAAACCUCGAUGCGCAGAGAAGAACGCGAAGAAAGUUACAUUUACUUCUGACUUUAUCUUAUAUCGAUUUAUUUUAUUUAUUAUUUGUACAUGUAUAUGAGUAUAUGUCCCCGGUAACAGUUAAUUGCUGUUUCGGUUUGUAAUCUCACUACUUUAUUUUAAUAUAUAAAACAAAUAAACAUCAAUCAC